CGGUCAGGGUGUACAGGUGUAGCAAGUGUACCAGCCUCCACACACCUCCACCGCUGCUAUACACUAGUGUCCCCUGGCGGUCCUCGCCGCUCUGCCUUGCCUAAAAUGGCGGUGUUGAGGGUCGGCGCGCGCGGGAUGGGCUAGUGUGACGGAGCAUGUGUCCGCGGCGCCCGCCCGCUCCCGUUCCCCUGCUGCUGCUGCUGCUGCUGCCGCCGCCGCUGCUGCUGCUGCCGCCGCUGCUGCCGCUGCCGCCGCUGCUGCUCCCUCCGCCGCGCCUCCUCUGCUCAGCCUUCACGGCUGGAGCAGCAGUGACGUGUUUCGCUGUUGUGAAUACUGUGAGUGGCGACAGGUGCGCGAGGUGUGAGCGGGGCGACGGGGGCAGCCGUGGCAGCCAGUGUGACCACUAGCUGCACUGCCACCUUCACCCCCUCCGUCAGCAGGGGCGCCGCCACGUGCAGCGCGCCCUGCCUGCCUACACCCACGCCCGUGGCUGCCAUCAGCUGCAGCAGGGGCGGCCUGAGCCAUGGCCUCCACCGGCCAGGCAAGCGGCUCGAACAAGGCUGUCAACGGCGGCCGCUUCGACUUUGAUGACGGUGGGACGUACUGUGGCGGGUGGGAGGACGGCAAGGCCCACGGGCACGGCGUGUGCACCGGUCCCAAGGGCCAGGGCGAGUACUCCGGCUCAUGGCAUUACGGAUUCGAAGUCAGUGGCGUCUACACCUGGCCAAGCGGCAGCACGUACGAGGGACAGUGGCAGAACGGCAAGCGGCACGGCCUAGGAGUGGAGAGCAGGGGGCGGUGGGUGUACAGGGGGGAGUGGACACAGGGCUUCAAGGGGCGGUACGGCGUCAGGCAGUCCACCACCUCCGCCGCCAAGUACGAGGGCACGUGGGCGAACGGCUUGCAGGAUGGCUACGGCUCUGAGACUUACGCUGAUUCCGGCACAUACAAGGGUCAGUGGCUGCGGGGGCUGCGACAUGGGUAUGGCGUGCGCACCUCAGCACAGUUCAGCCAGGCCUCCGUCAGCAGACCCAGGGCAGCCAACAACCGCGGCUCCACCACCUCCCUUCGAUCUGACGGCGCAGGGGAUCCUCUCGCCGACAGGGACAGAAAGGUGGACGAUGGCCGCGGCGGGUUCGUGCUGCGGGCGAGGAGUGACGAGGUGCCGCGGCGGAGGGGAAGCUUGGUGGAGAGCUCCAGCAAUAUCAAGAAAGUCUUUAAGGGGCUGAAGAUGCGGCGCCAGAGGAGUACCGGCGACAUCCAGACAGGGCGGCCCUCGGGCUCCAUCCGGUCCACAGGCUCCUCAGCUUCCUGGAUGUCCACGGAUUCGGGUCAGUCGGCGUACACGACGGGUGACGUGCACGACGAGGGCUCCAAUGCGUCCUUCAUCAUCGAGGUAGGGUUGGACGAGCAGCUGGACGGCAACGUAGUGGAGACCUACACGGGCGAGUGGAAAAACGACAAGCGAACGGGUUUUGGUGUGUCUGAACGAACCGAUGGACUGAAGUACGAAGGCGAGUGGUACAACAACAAGAAGUACGGAUACGGCGUCACCACGUUUAAGGAUGGCACGAAGGAAGAAGGAAAGUACAAGAAUAAUGUCCUCAUCACUUCCAAUAAAAAGAAGCACGUGUUUCUCAUACGCUCUGCCAAAUUUCGAGAAAGGAUCGAUGCUGCUGUUGCCGCUGCCCAGAGAGGAGCCAAGAUUGCCAUGCAGAAGGAAGACAUCGGGAUAUCUCGAACUGCCACGGCUCGUGGGAAGGCUGAGCAGGCAGACAUUGCGGCGGCCCACGCAAGGAAUGACUCUGACAUGGCUCGAAUCUUUGCCAAACAGUACGCCCCAGACUUCCACCAGCCAGGCGUGGACGUGUUGAAGGCUCAGCUGGCAGCCCGUGGUGGACAGACUGAUGUGAGCAAGCUGCCUCCUCCUCGAUCUCGUGAUGAAAACUCCGGCCCUCGCUCACAGUCUGUGUAUGUGCGUGGCUCCGUGGACGACUACAUGGGCCGCGGGGACGCCUUGGGGCCCCAGGAUAUGGACGCUACCGCUGCUUCACCAGGGGGCGGCUUUGCCAACUUUGGUCCCGGGGAUCAGGCUGACUACGGCGGGAUGCCGUCCUCGCGACGCACCUCCAUGAAUCCCGGCGAAGGGCGUGGCUACAGCAACGCACAGCAGCAAUAUCAAGAUGACGGCUUGAUGGGCAACGCGGUGGACCAGUCCCGCUCAUCAGCCCGCGGCCCAGCCAGGUCAGGAGGCAAAGGCGGCCACGAACAGCACAGCUUCUCUGCAGCUGUCAUGAACGACCGUUUCGACCACUACAACCGACCACCAUCCCGCGCCCCAUCCCGCGACAGGUCCGUGGACAGGUUUGCCUCCCGCGGCCAGACGCCAGUGCCAUCAGAGCUGAUCAAUCCGAGGUCCCGUGCACCAUCGGCCCAGCGCACCACCGCCCAGGACUGGACCCCUGACUCAGGCGUGUACGAGGACGAGGCAGUGGCGCCUAUCAGCGGCAGCUCCCGACGGCCGUCUCGGCCGCCUUCUAUCAUAUCGGGCGAGGCUCCUCCCCUCACGGGCAACGGCUCCGUGGGUGGUGGAUUUACUGUACCCUACACCAUCCCGGCCACGCCACAGGAGGCAGAAAAAAUACUCCGACAACGUGCCUGUGGCCAAGAGAUCCCGCCAUGUCCCCCCACACCGGGACAGGGCACCGUCAAGCGCACAGAGUCCCUCUACAUCAAUCCCAUCGUGAGGCGUCAGGCACAGGUCAAGGCUGCCCCUCCAGCUGUAGCCCUGAAGAGGAAGAAGUCACUGCCUGACGCUCAGGCGCUGCCUGUUAACAUGAUGUCACGCGAGGAGGCGGCAGUGCUCAGCUCGGCUCAGAGACACGAGGUGCGUCGCCAGGCUGAGGAGGCGGCAGUAUAUCGCGCCAACCCGCUCCUCUACCUCACCAGUCCAGCUGUCCAGGACUGGUUUUCUCGACAGCGACUGGUCAUGCUCAUUCUCUUCCUCAAUUUGUCGCUGGCACUGAUGUUCUUCAAGUUGUUGUCGUAGCAGCCAGCAAGGCCGCGGGUUCUUCAGGUCGCUGUCCGAGCUGCCGCGUGAGAGCCGCGCCUGCCGCAGCCCACCCUCAGGGAGUGCCACAGCAGCAGCAACAGCAGCAGCAGCCUUGGGCACCCCAACAUGUCGGCCGCCGCCCGUGCCUUCCUCAGCAGACUACGCCUGCGUCCUGCCUGCUCACGUGUGCUGUCAGAAUCUCUAUUUUGUUAUGGUUCGUGCCACGUCCUGCCGCCCAAGUGUGAGCCGUCCCUUUUGUACCGCCGCCGCCGCCACCACUGGUGUCCUCAGGUGGUCAAGCCAGAUCCGUCGUGACGCUCGGCUGGCUGCCUCGAGCUGACCCAUGCGGCCUGGGGCUAAGGAGGGGGUAAGGCAGGAGGAUAUAAGAAGAGGAGGAGGAGGGAGCCAACUCUCAGACUACAAGGAAGAUCAUGUGCAAACACUGACUGAGCAAGCUCUUGUCCCAUGUGGAGUGUUUUGGCUGUGCCUCAUUUCCUUCGUCACCUGACCACAGACUCACUACACCGGGGCCAUUGUAAAUUAUUGCAUCUUUUGCUACCACUGUGUGGCCUCCGCCAUCCUGACUCCACAGGACUCGGGGUGCUGGGGUUCACUGGCCCCGGGCACCAUUUGCCGUAAUUGCAUAAUAGGCACUAGAUUUUCUACCCACCUAUGGUACUAUUUGUGAAGUUCAGUACAGAUUUAUACUAAUGUAAUUUCUAGUACAGGUUAUUUUUUUUAAUGUAUAAUUCUAUGCCUCAUGUAUCAGAGGUCAUAUUGACUUCUGUCUCGAGGAAUGUACAGUGGACGAGCGUCUGAACCACACUUGUCCCCUGAGAGCCUCGAGGAGACGCCCGCUGGGCUGGCCGAGGACUGCGUCCAGGACCCCGCUAGGGACCCCCCAUUGGGCCUUGCGGGAGCCUGGCUGGCCUCGUAGGGGAACAAGGCAUACAGGCACGCGUGCUGGUGCAGGACACACCUGGCCACUCUCACCCAGCACAGGUGUGGCAGUGUACACGCGGUGGAGGUAACAACUGAUUUUGUUCCGCUUGGUAUUUUGACUUUUUACAAUCUCAAAAUAUAAUUUGCCGUUAAUUUGCUGCAUAAUGUUGGAAAUUCUGCACUAGUUAACCCGUACAGCGUCAGCCAACAUAUUAAUGUUUUGCAAUCCCCGUGCCGGCCAGUUAAGGCAUUAACUUUUUGGCAGUAGUGAGUUCCGUAGGGCUUAAAACGAAAGAGAAAAUGCUAACAAGUUUACAGUGUCUGAUGGGCAGUGGUGAGGCCCUUGGCACCGCCCGUCUGAGUGAGCAAGGAUUUCAUGCCACGUGAAAGUGAUAAACAACUCUUAGUUUAUCGAACUUUUCAGUGGUGAAAGUUAAUUUCCCCCAUUUGAUAUGAUAUUUCCACUUAUGUUCAAUUUCUUAUUUUUGCGCCUAGUUCUGAUGGUCAGGGUGACGUGGACAGGAGAAGACAGGGUGCUAAAUAGAGACAUCCACAAUACGACCAGGAGAGUGUAGUAGGGAGAUCAGGCUCCUGCAAAUAGGCCACGCUGGUGGUGGAGGAGGAGGAGGAGGAGGGAGGGUCGAGCAGUCUCAGCUCAUCUGUUGCCUCAGGGAGUUGCUAGUGUCUCAGUUUAUGAAUAAGAGCCCCCAGCACUAUACACACACUGUCACCAUUGCAACCUGGGUUAGUACAAGAUAUGCCGCUGGCAGAGGGGUGGGAAUUUUUGAAGGGUUAUGUGUCAUAAGCUGCUGACGCUGUGCGGGUCAAUGACCUUGAACGUUGAUAAUCCAUCGUGCAGGGGCUCCUUGGGCCCGGACGCCGCGCCGCCUGGCCGAGAGUCAAGUAUUACAGUUUUGCACGCCUCCACCUGUUACUCAGCCCAUUCAUGCGGAUUUAGUUUUCAUAAGAACCAGUUAGAUGUUAAUUUCGUUAAUUCCUAGUGUAGCGAAGUUGUUGGAAAGCAGUUUUGAUCUCCACCAGCCGCGGGGCCGCAUGCCUUGCUCACCAAGUUGUGUUCAGCUUCACUUGUGGCGCCGCUCGUACACACGCCCAACAGUGGCCCUGCAGUCUAUAAUACUUGUAUUCAACAUGUUUGAUAUAAAUGGCAGACAAGCAUCAGCAUCACAUGACCCGCCUCGCCACACUCCCGGGGAGACACCUCAGGCCCCACGCCUCCUCGUGGCAUCAAGAGGUCCACGUCGCCUCGGCGGAGCUCUUCCUGUACACCAACGAAUCCUGUUCCGCUGCGUAGCAGAACGUUUAUCAUUCAUCCACAUUGCAUUGGUAAAGGCCAUUCCUGGCAGCAACGAUGACCCCACUUUAUUCUUUACAUUAUUAUGUUGCAUACCAUUCCUCUCCCUUGUGAAAAUCGAAACAAUACAAAUGAGUGCCUUUUGCAUGAUGGUGAGAAAUUUCUCAGUCUGGGUGAAAUUUCACGUGUUGGCGGGGUCCUAUCUCGAGUUGGCUAAAUGUGAUUGCAAGGAACAGCUUUCGUAUAAGGUAACUAAAUUGAACAUUAGUUUUUUAGCCUUUUGCUCUCUAAGUGAAGAUGAGAGCCAUAAGAAACCUUUCAUUGAACCUGAGUUCCUCCAUGCGGCGGCUCCUUGUCAUUACGCCUAGCAGAGUGGCGGUCACUCGACGUGUGGGAAUCCAACAUAACCUUGCCUCGUGCCGCCAUGACGGCCGUGGUGUCCUAGCGUCACUCACCUUGGUGACACUGCGGGACCGGUGUGCUGCGUGUCUGACCCAGUAUUACCACAAUCUGCUGCUUCCUUUUCCUUGAUAAGGAUUUUCUUCAAAUAAUGUCAAUUUGGGGCUCCGACAUGUUCAUCUUAUCGCGCCUUAAAAUAAUUACUGCACUAUUUGUAACACAUAAAACGAGUCUUGGUUUCCUAUUGUAUUCCUUUGAUACAAUAUCGUGUCUGAAGUACUGCAUACCGUUAGGGCGAGUUGUAGAGUGCAAGUGGGGAGUAGCAAUGCGAGGCCAGACCUGAUAACAGCCUCAUUUCCUCGUUGCUCUUUGCUCUCUUGGUUUCUUCCUCAGCCCCAGCACGAUUUAUGAACCUAUUAGAGUCAUUCGUAAAGGUCACACAGCCACAGCCUCACACAACACAAACGCGGGGCUGCGUACUGAAGCUGAAGUUGAAGCAGGCGCCGAACACUACACAGGCAUCUCUCACGAGACAUCAGUGCCACAAGUGCCGACUACAGAUAACUAGUAUGGCCCUCGAUACGGUGAAGGGAACACUGUCGCUUCGAAGGUUCCCGGUGAGGAGAAGAGGAUGGUUGGCCAAGGCAGUACAUCCCCAGUUAGCGGCCACGCAUCGGGAGGAAAGCAACAUAGAGGGUUGUGUGAAGAAAAGAAAGAUUCAGCGAAGAAUCACGCACGUCAUCGGUUUCCCGAGUACUAAAGUGGAUCUAAGAAUGUUCCCAAUGUGGCUACGUGCAGCAGCGUGCAACGCAGUGUACUGAACAGUGCAAUCCUCACACAAACUAUAGUGUUGUUAACAGUUACACACUUGUUUUGACUUUUGUAAGAGGAAAUGGUAAUCAUAUGAAGGUUUCUUUUUUUUAUGAGACAGGGAAGAUUGUUUUCCUGUAAGAAAACGAGAAAUGUUUGCUGAAGGUGUUGUUCAAUGGAAAAAAAAAAAGUGGUCAAAGGAAGGUUUUCUAAAGUACUGUUAUGUUUUCAUUCGUAUUCAUUCGAUAUGACAUAACUGUAUUGAAUGUAAUCAUGUGCAUACUUACGAGUAUGUCCACACUGCACGUUUAAUUUUCUAUCAGAGAUUAUAAAAACUAAAUCAGACAUUAGAAACUAUUUAUAUUUUCGUUAACCAAGAUGUUCUGAUUAGGGUAUUCAACAGAGAUAUUUUUACAAGAAAUUAUUUUUGCUGAAGUGCGGAGUGGAGAGGUGUAAGAGUACAUGGUGGAAAUUUUCCUUCGCGCCCUUCUUCCCUCCCUCCUUCCCUCCCGUCUUGAUCUCUGCAGCCACGACCACCACCUCCCGCAUCCCUCGCCGGCCACCCUGGCAGCUCCCUCGGGCUUGGAAAAAAAGAACAUGAUACUAUUGAACUUGUUUUGUUUUGUGACCACAUUUGAGUUUGCACGAUCACAAGACAUCCCAUUACAUGUUAUAAAGACGAGGAUCACGUGUCUUAACGCAACUUUUUUUUUCGACAUUGGAAAUUUGGUACGUCGCAGCAAGUUUUGUAACCAUUUGCAUAUAUUUUUGUUUCAAUGCUUGUUUCAAAGUUCUAAUGUUUUCGCCCUGUCAGUCAUGAGCAUGUGCUUGUAUCUUUUCCCGUUGUUCCGUGCGUCGCCAGCGAGUGGGUCCCGGUCCGUGGUUACCAUCCCUCACUCCGGUCAUCACCCCACACACUCACCACCCAUCCACAUCACGCUGUCUUCACCCCACCCGCCCCCCCGCCACCCAGGUCUUCAUCUCCACGUUCGUUCAGGGUUGGCUACUCGGUGGAGUCGCGGAGUCCACUACCCAGGUGGAGAGCUGAGGGGAGCUACAUCAUCUGAUAAGCCCUAUGCACUUUUACAAUGGAUUGGACAGUGGAGGCUGUGUGUGUGAAAUUGUUAAUACAAUGUUGUUCCUUUAAUAAAACCAAAACACUAA